AUGCCAGGUCCGAAUGGAACAGUAUCUAUCCUUAUCAUGAUUCGGUGUCCCAGCGAAGUGCGAAAGGUCAGUCGAGACCUCUUCUUGCUUUUCCGAAAGGCUGGAGCUGGUGUAGUGCAGCAUCUUGGAGUGUGGCGCUCUAAUAUCGAUGCUGGCGACAACAUCGAAGCCAUUCCCCCUUACACCUUCAAAGGCAAGGCCGGGCCAGCUGAGCGUCUCGUCGUUGGCAAGCAUGGUGACAAAAGCCAUCAUGUUCUUUCUUACCUUGAAGCUCAAGAGUCCCAGAAGCCGCUUCGGCUCGAUACUUCCUGGCUAGCAUUUGGUCAUGUCGAUGAGUUCUUCCAAUUAAUUCCCGCCAAGGACGAUCGAGGUUGGGUUGCAGUCAUCAGCGACCAUCGUUUGGCUAUCAAGCUUCUUGAAGACACGGAAAUGGCCGGGCAUGGAUCGCUCCCGGCCAUCUCACGCAAGAAAAAUACUCGGUGGCCCAAGUCCUGCCAUGUGAGCGAGUGUCAUCAACCUGUCAACUCCAUCACCGUCAGCCAAACAUUAAGCGAUAAGAGGCUGAUUAUGCUGAACGACGUGUGCGCUGAGCGAAUUGACAAAAACAUUAACAUUCUCAAGGCAGAUGUUGGGCUUACUAAUGAGGACAUAAUUCGCAUUCCAUCUUUGUUCAUUGAGAGCAACUCCAUGGAGUUUGAAGGCCCCUGCUGGGGGCUCAAAGUCGGAGCAUUCUUCCCUGCCGUCAUAAACAACCUCGUUCUGACUGGUUACAACACUUGCAUUGCGCCUCAUCCAUGGGUCCAGUUGUCAGAGGGAAGAUAUUUUGUCGAGGAAAUCAGAAACAAGUAUGCCGAAAUUGGAAUGAAGAUCGAGUUUAUUGAUGAUUGGAACAGUCAUUAUAGGGUUCAUUGCAGCACCAACUCAAGUCGAAACAUGUCUGCAAAGUGGUGGCGAUCACGUUGGGUUGCAGGAUCAGACAGACCUUUAGUAAUCCGCUUUUAG